CCGGCCGAAGUGUUAGCUCCAUUGGACAUGAAACGGAGCACAUUGGCCCUGGCUAAGGCGGCUGAGCGCGUAGCGGUCGUCCGCAUCAUGCUAUGUCUAUGUCGACGAGGGUUGGAUUGAGCGCCACCAAGCUUUGAGGUUUCUUGGUUGGCCAAUGGAAAUCGUUGUGCUCCAAUUGUGUGGCGACAUAAAAAUUUCUUAGAAGUUUAAAAUAUUUUGUGGGUUGUUCAAAUGUACGGUAUAAAUGGCAACAAGCUCAGCAACGAACUUCGACGUCAAGUUCACCAUCCAAUAAUCUAUAUAGUAGGCUACAAAAACUACGCCGAUGGACCAAUCGUGGCAAUUAACGUAAAUGAUCUGUCAGGUAUUGUAGUCACGCUGCAGCAGAUCGCAAGGCAACAUUUUUGUUACGCUAUUGUUCUCGGACUUGUAGCGAAGCUCUAAG